CGCGAUCGAUAAUACAUACUAUGAAACCGAAGAAGCAUGAAUGCGAUUAAUAUGAACUGGUUAGCUUCAGCAGAAGGAGAAUCUUUGAUCCAUCACUUUUAUGUAAAUUCUUCUAAAAAAAGGAGAUUUUAUGGUAUUCUAGAGAAGCCAUUGUUGCCUUCUUCGAUCGAAGAGGUCACUUACAAAAUCUUCAUGAUAGGUAGAUCUGGCGUUGGAAAGACUUCAGUAAUAGCAAGACUCGCAGGUAUUCUCGAUUCUAACAAUUAUACAGAAACCAAUGGAAUAAGGAAAACAAACAUUUACUGGCCUGUAAAAAUUUGGGAUAAAGUCGUUCUGUUUAAACUGCAAUUUUGGGAUACCUCGGAAAAUAGUAUAAAAAAAUACAAUCACAUUUUACCAGUAUGCAAAGAUAAAGUUGAUGCAAUAUGCUCUGUAUUUUCUUUUGACGAUGCAUCAAGCUUCAAUGACAUUCCAUACUUGAUGAAUACAAUGAUCAAUAUAAAAGGAAAACCAGCAAAUAUAGUCAUUGGCACAAAGUUCAAACCUUGGUCAAGCUCCAUGAUAGAUGAAGCACAAAUUAAAGAAUUCGAAGACAAGUGGAAAGUUAAGGUGAUUAAGAUUGAUAGUAGCAAAUUGUCAGUAAGAUCUGAAAUAUUUGAUUGCUCGUAUCAAUUAAAUGCCAUUUGUAACAUUUUAUGGAAUAGAGAUAAAGAAUUUAUAUCUAAACUGAUGGGACAAGUUUAA